GCGGGCUUAAAGGACUGGGAACUGAAACGCCUCAACACUUCCUCCAGCUCCGACCCACGGCAGGCUGAUCCCCGAGGCACACUGUUCUGGCCCUCGGGUCAGGUCUCCCUGUUGAGUCUCUCGUCAGAGGCGAAGACCGCCAAAACGGGUAUCUCCUUCGGAACAGUUUAUCGUGUUCGAGUGAGGGCGUGGACACCUGCUGGUCCUGGACCCUGGUCGGAAUGGGAGAUGCUGAGCCUGAAGGAGCUAGUGCCUGCAAAACCGACGAUUGUGGAGGCGGUCAACUUGGGCGCCUCGGCCGGUACAAGGGUCACCUGGGCACUUCCGGAUAAACUUGUGCAGACAUCUCUGGAUCGACGCAGACCCCCGGCGCCAGUUCUCUAUAGACAUUUUUCGGUCGAGUACGCAAUCAAUGAGGGGCCCGCGGAACCCCGGGCGUCCGAUUGGCAGCGCGUGGACACUGCGGGACCCGUCAGCAGUCUAUCAUUGGUGAGUUACUCGCUGCCAACUACCUGUACUUGGGAGUCGUGUUCAAAUUAG